AUGCUGAGCUGCCUCGACGUCCCGGCGACCGACGCGACGGCGUCGGCGGCGGCGGCGCCCGGCUCCGUGUCCGGAGGGCCCCAGCCCGACCCUCUGCCUGCUGCGAGUCCGGCCGCGUCUUCAGCUGCCUCCUCGGGAUUCGCCGCCUCGGCCGCCGCCCAGACGCUGAGCUCGCGAGUGGUGCGCACCAAGUACGGCGACGUGAGCGGCCUCAUCGUGACGUUCGACUCGCGCCACCUGGAGCCGGUGGAGGUGUUCCGCGGGGUGCCGUACGCGUCGCCGCCUAAGGGCACGCUGCGCUUCAUGCCGCCCGUGUCGGGCGCGCGCUGGAGCGGCGUCAAGGCGGCCGACCGCUUCGGCCCCGUCUGUCCGCAGCGGCUGCCAGACAUCAGCAACGAGACGGCGGCUCUGCGGCGGAUGCCGCGCGGGCGCCUCGAGUACCUCAAGAGGCUGCUGCCCUACCUGCAGAACCAGAGCGAGGACUGCCUCUUCCUCAACAUCUACGCCCCAGCGCAAGGUAGGCUGCGCUGUGCUACUAUGCGGAGUCUCACCGCUAAGACAAUGGCUUUUAAGGACGCGGGAGCACCGCCCAUUGAUAUGGAGCCACAGAAAUUUGGAAAGCCGCCUCCUCUCCCCAAGCUGCCAUACAACAGGCCGGAUUUUUUCAUGACAACGCUUGAGGCAGUGUUUUUCAAGCAUACAUGA